AUGAUUGAACCCAUCGGGAAUCAGUACGUCGUGGCCAGGCCAGUGUAUUCCACAAAGGCUUUUGAGGAAGAACAUAAGAAGAAACACAGACAUCAUAAGACACUUCUGGAUCAUCUCAAAAAGUGGUUCCGCUGUUCUGCACAAAAGGCCAAGAGAAUUGCCCUCUCUUUGUUCCCCAUAGCAUCUUGGUUGCCAGCGUACCGCAUAAAGGAAUGGCUCCUCAGUGACAUUGUUUCUGGAAUCAGCACAGGGCUGGUGGCUGUACUGCAAGGUUUAGCAUUUGCUCUGCUGGUCACCAUACCCCCAAGCUAUGGGUUGUAUGCAGCCUUUUUCCCAGUCAUAAUCUACUUUUUCUUGGGCACUUCUAGACACAUAUCAGUGGGUCCAUUUCCAGUUCUUAGUAUGAUGGUGGGAGCAGUAGUUGUGAGAUUAACCCCAAUAGCCGAUACAGCUGAUCCGACAGUCACUAAUAGCUCAGUGGCUAAUGAUUCAUCACUAGAUGAUCAUAAGGUGAUGGUGGCUGCAACGGUCACAAUUCUUUCUGGAAUCAUCCAGUUGCUCAUGGGGGUUCUGCAGCUGGGCUUCGUGGUGAUUUAUCUGUCCGAAUCCUUAAUCAGUGGCUUCACCACAGCUGCCGCUGUUCACGUUUUGGUUUCCCAGCUCAAAUUUAUUCUUCAGCUGACAGUCCCAGCACAUGCUGAUCCAUUUUCAAUUUUCAAAGUACUAAUUUCCAUAUUCUCACAAAUAGAGAAGACUAAUAUUGCAGACCUUGUGACGUCCUUGGUUAUCCUGUUGGUGGUAUUUGUGGUUAAAGAAAUAAAUCAGCGCUACAAAGCCAAACUUCCAGUGCCCAUUCCAAUUGAACUCAUCAUGACUGUGAUCGCAACAGGUGUGUCAUAUGGCUUUGACUUCAAAAACAGGUUUAACGUGGCCGUGGUUGGGGAGAUGAAAAGUGGGUUUCAGACCCCUAUCACACCUAAUGUGCAGACUUUCCGAGAUACCAUCGGAGACUGCUUUGGCAUUGCCAUUGUUGGCUUUGCAGUGGCCUUCUCUGUGGCCAGCGUCUAUUCCCUCAAAUACGAUUAUCCCAUUGAUGGCAAUCAGGAGUUAAUCGCCUUGGGAGUGAGUAACAUAUUCGGUGGAUCGUUCAGAGGAUUUGCAGCAAGUACAGCCCUCUCCAGAUCAGGGGUCCAGGAGAGUACAGGAGGCAAAACCCAGGUUGCUGGCCUUCUCUCUGCCGUCAUCGUGCUGAUUGUCAUCCUAGCCAUUGGAUUUCUCCUGGAGCCUCUGCAAAAGUCUGUCCUGGCAGCUUUAGCCCUUGGAAACUUGAAAGGAAUGCUGAUGCAGUUCACAGAAAUACGAAGAUUGUGGCGAAAGGAUAAGUAUGAUUGUCUAAUUUGGGUCAUGACCUUCAUCUUUGCCGUUGUCCUGGGCCUCGGUUUAGGCCUGGCUGCUAGUGUGGCGCUUCAGCUCCUGACUAUCGUCUUCAGGACCCAGUUUCCUAAGUGCAGCACGCUGGCUAAUGUUGGCAGGAGCAACAUCUAUAAGAAUAGAAAAGAUUACUCUGAAAUGUAUGAACCAGACGGUGUGAAGAUUUUCAGAUGUCCAUCUCCUAUUUACUUUGCAAACAUUAGUUUCUUUAAGCAGAAACUUAUCGAUGCUAUUGGCUUUAGUCCACUUCGAAUUCUUCGCAAGCGCAACAAAGCUUUGAAGAAAAUCCGAAAACUGCAGAAGAAAGGCCUGUUGCAAGUGACACUGAAAGGAUAUAUAUGUACUGUUGAUGGCUUUAAAGAUUCUGACGAAGAGCUGGACAAUGAUAAUAUAGAAGAACUGGAUCAGCCCAUCAAUACAACAGACCUGCCCUUCCAGAUAGACUGGAACGCUGAUCUUCCUUUCAACAUCAUGGUCCCUAAAAUCAACCUCCACAGCCUCAUUCUUGACUUUUCAGCAGUGUCAUUUCUUGACAUUUCAUCAAUGAGGGGUCUCAAAAUGAUCUUGCAAGAAUUUAUCAGGAUUCAGGUAGAUGUGUAUAUUGUUGGAACUGAUGAUGACUUCAUUGAGAAGCUGGCACGGUGUGAAUUUUUUGAUGAUGAAGUCAAGGACUCAAUAUUCUUCUUAACAAUCCAUGAUGCUGUUUUGCAUAUUUUGAUGAAGAAAGAUUACAGUACUUCGAAGUUUAAUCCCAGUCAGGAAAAAGAAGCAAAAUUUGAUUUCACCAUAAACACAAAUGGAGCAUUACGUAAUCGGGAAUGUCAGGUACCCAGUGAAACAAAAUUCUAA